AAACUGCACUAGCAACGUUAGUUUGAUUUUGCAUAUCAUAGUGAUCGAAACUUUUGAGUCUUUUAAGAUAACUCAUAGUCAUCAUGUUCGUGCCAACAUUUGCAGUUAUUUUCACGCUUGCAAUUUAUCAGGUUGCUUCAGCACCUGUUGAUGGCCGAGUCGAAUCCGAUGGAUCCUACAAGCGCCUAUACUUACCUUACAUCCAAUCAGUGGCCAAGGAUGGCACAAAAACGAUUUUGACUUCUGAAGAUUUGCUGAACUUGAGCCAAAAAUUAAAAUCUGGUGAAAUACCGUCAACAACUCUCCACCAAUUGAUUGGCAUCAACGGGUUUUCACACACGCUAUCUGACCAUCAAUUGCAGCGGAUUGCAGAUCAUGACAUCGCGGCGAUUGUCUCCCCUCAGAGUUUCAAUCAACCUGGGUUCGGACACUUGUUCAUUACCAUUGACAACAAUGGAAUUGUUCAGACUUUCAUCUAUAAUGUGACUAUGCAAGAAGCUAUGGAGAAAGUUGAGAAAGAAGGUUAUCCGAAUUCAUCAUCCAGUGGCUCUUAUCACCAUAAUUAGAGUCACGCUUCAACGACUUACCCUUCCGUCACUUCAGAGUUGAAUCAACUAAGAAUUACACUAGUUUAAUAAUUAUGAUAAGAAUUUGUACUUUUAUAAUAUUAUUAAUCAUGAAAGUUGUAUCCAUUGAUCCUUAAGGUAAAAUAUAAAUGGUAGUGGUCUUAAA